AGGGAUCUCAGAAUGGUUUGCAACAGGAAAGCCAAAACUUUAGUGUCCACCUGCGUGAUUCUCAGCGGGAUGACUAACAUCAUCUGCUUGCUCUACGUGGGCUGGGUCACCAACUACAUCGCCACGGUUUCCGUGAAAGUUCAGGAGCCGAUCUCGGAGAAAAAGUUAGAGGAAGACAAAGGAGACACCCUAAGGAUUAUAGAAAGACUGGACCACUUGGAAAGUGUCAUCAAGCAGCACAUCCAAGGUACUCCCUCGCUUCCGCAAAGAAAUCCUGCAGAUGCCUUCAUUGACUCAUCCCUCUUUGCUCACUGGGGCCAGGAUUUGAGCCCUGAGAACCAACGCACUGCUCUUAAACAGUUCCAGUACUAUGGUUACAAUGCUUACCUGAGUGAUCGCUUGCCACUAGACAGAACCUUGCCUGACUUUAGACCUACUGGGUGCAAGAACCUCACUUUUCCAGAGAGUCUUCCUGAGGUCAGCAUUGUUUUUAUAUUUGUGAACGAAGCCUUUUCGGUGAUUCUACGGUCCAUUCAUUCUGCAAUUGACAGGACUCCUGCUCAUUUGUUGAAAGAGAUCAUUUUAGUGGAUGACAAUAGUAACAACGAAGAGCUGAAAGAGAAGCUAAAAGAAUAUGUUGAUGAAUUGAACACACGGAAACCGGGGUUCAUUAAGAUGGUCCGCCACAGCAAGCAAGAGGGGCUGAUUCGAUCUCGUGUUAGUGGCUGGAGGGCAGCUACUGCUCCAGUAGUUGCACUCUUUGAUGCACAUGUAGAAUUCAACGUGGGCUGGGCUGAGCCAGUACUCACCAGGAUAAAAGAAAACAGAAGGCGAGUUAUAUCUCCAUCAUUUGAUAAUAUCAAAUAUGACAACUUUGAACUAGAAGAAUACCCACUAUCCGCCCAAGGAUUUGAUUGGGAAUUAUGGUGUCGAUAUCUAAAUCCACCAAAAUCAUGGUGGAAAUUGGAAAACACUACAGCUCCAAUAAGGAGUCCAGCACUGAUCGGAUGUUUCAUAGUAGACAGGGAGUAUUUCCAAGAAAUUGGUCUGCUAGAUGAAGGCAUGGAGAUCUAUGGAGGUGAAAAUGUGGAACUUGGGAUCAGAGUCUGGCAGUGUGGCGGUAGCGUUGAAGUCCUACCUUGCUCUAGGAUUGCCCAUAUCGAACGAGCUCAUAAACCAUACACAGAAGAUCUAACAUCCCAUGUCCGAAGAAAUGCAUUAAGAGUGGCUGAAGUUUGGAUGGAUGAAUUCAAAAGCCAUGUUUACAUGGCAUGGAAUAUUCCUCAGGAGGAUUCUGGAAUUGACAUUGGGGAUAUUUCAGAGAGGAAGGCCUUGAGGAAAAAGCUGCAGUGCAAGACCUUCCGGUGGUAUCUUGUCACUGUCUAUCCCGAGAUGAGAAUGUACUCUGACACUGUCGCCUAUGGGGUGCUACAGAAUUCCCUAAAAAGUGAUCUGUGCCUCGAUCAGGGACCAGAUACAGAAAACAUUCCAAUCAUGUACAUCUGCCAUGGAAUGACACCACAGAAUGUCUACUAUACUGGCAACCAACAGAUCCAUGUGGGUGUUCUUAGUCCUACAAUUGAUGAUGAUGACAACAGAUGUCUGGUCGAUGUGAACAGUAGGCCAAGACUUAUUGAAUGUAGUUAUGCCAAAGCCAAAAGGAUGAAGCUUUAUUGGCAAUUUACUCAGGGAGGCCCAAUCCAGAACAGAAAAUCCAAACGUUGCCUGGAAUUGCAGGAAAACAACGACAAUGAAUUUGGAUUCCAACUAGUUCUCCAGAAAUGUUCUGGCCAGCACUGGUCUAUAACGAACAUCCUGAAAAGCUUGCCAACAUAG